AUGAGCGUAGAUGAACCUGACGAAUCGGUCAAGAAUGAAGCCAUCCAUCUUCUCUUUCAUUCAGACGCUGGAGAUCUUACCGUGACAGGUCUUGAACUUGACGAGAGUCAUGGGAUUACGUAUCUCAUUUGGAUCGGUUUGCCAGAUGGAACGCUUACUUCUUUUCGUCGCCUCCCCAAAGUCCCUCAAACAAACCAAAUCUUGACCAAUGCCAAAUGUGCUAGCGAUACGGUAAGGGUGCUUCUUAGUCUUCCUUCUGUUUCUGAACCUAUGACCCACGCCAAGAUGUUCAAAGUCGUGUUAUCGUCCACCGACACCAGUCGUCCACAAGAAGAAAUGGAAUCUUGUUGGAUAAUCCCAGGGAUCAGAGAUGAAGAAAAAGUUCGUUUCGUUCUACCUGAUCCGAUGGCAGUGGCCACCACAUUGAAACACAGAGAAACUGGGCAAUUGGUCAAAACAAUGAUGGAGGAUUUGUCAAGUGGACUGGACUUGGAUCCGAAAGAGACUUACUUGCGAAUUUUGAGCCAGCUGAAUGAGGAAAGACAGGAAGUGUGGGACGAGGACAAAGAGCAGUAUGUAUCGGUAUUGUGUGCCGAGAACGUGGACGGGGAUGAGCUGCAUGAUAUUCCAACCGGUCAAGAUGAUAUCAAAUGGCUCUUUGCGUUGUCUGAUCCUCACACGGGAGUGGACGACUUGCCCGACGAUGAUGUGGUCGAGGGAGGCUCGGACGAUGAGAAGGACAGUGGUUAUGGCGGUGGAAUAUGA